ACUGUCGCGGCUAAACGGCACUCUCGUCAUGAUAAAUACCUGCAAGUUACGUCGUCUUUGUGUCUUACUCUUCAAUGGCUUCACUUAAACCUCUUUUUAUUGUCGCUGGGAUAGGUAACUCUUCCGGUACUGGUGCUGCUGCUGCACGGCUUUUCGCCAGGAAUGGAUACUCAGUCGCGUUAAUUUCGCGUACUCGAAGUGGUGGUGGUCUGGAUGCGCUUGCGAAAGAAAUCUCCGAGGCUGGAGGUACAGCCAAAGCGUUUUCCGUCCCCUCUUACAAGCCCUCAUCCAUUACCUCUGCGUUCGAAUCGAUCAAUUCGCAUUAUCCCGCUUCGCAGUACGCCCUGAGAGCCGCGCUGUUCAACGUUGGGCACGCGGUAUGGAAGUCGUUUUUGGAGACUACAGAAGAAGAAAUCCUGGAAACGCUCGAUACCAAUGUCGUCGCCGCUUUCUCGUUCUCCAAGAACGUUAUCACCAGGCUCCUGAGCACCCAGCCGGAUGACAAAGUCGGAAGGGGGACCCUCAUAUUCACUGGUGCUACGGCGAGUUUGAGGGGGAACAGGACGACAAGCGCCUUUGCUGCUGCGAAACAUGGGACCAGAGCCCUUUCGCAAAGCUUGGCCAAGGAAUUUGGACCGAGAGAUGGAAUCCAUGCUGUCAUAGAUGGUCUCAUCAAAACUGGAUCAGCUAUCGAGCGCAACGGUGAACAAAUGGUCGGGCUCAGCCCGGAAAGCAUUGCCAGAGCGUAUUUAAAUCUUUCCCAACAAGAAAAAACGGCGUGGACAUGGGAACUGGAUCUGCAUCCAGCCGAGGAGCAGUGGUAAUGGGCCGAUGUUUGCAAUCCACAUCUUGCUAGAACUAGCCGACAUAGACGUUUACUUCCCGAAGCGCGUUUAAAUGCCUAUGAAUACUGUACAAUAGCCUUUCCGUAAUACUACGACUGUUUAAAGCCAAGC